UGAUAGCCAACUAGACUACACUUACAGGUCUCACCUUCUGAGAAUUACUACAUCCUGUCGUGACACGUAAGAGACUCCGUGUUCUCAACCACACUUAACAUCGAGAGAAACUUUGUAGUCUUGGGAAACCAUUUGUCACUCCAGACAGUGUAGAGAACGCGCCUUCUUCAACGAGCUGAUUGGCUGGAGGACCUGUCAAUCAACACUUCGACGGCACUAUCAAACUUGGUUGCGGUAUGAAGUUUCUAAAAUGACACUUUGGGAUAUAUUUGUCGGCACAAUGUUGCUGUUUUCGUCUAGAAAGGAAUUUGUCUAGUUGCAGUGAUGCGGCGUGGAGAUCCUCUCCCUCGAGCCUUUCAGGCUCCAGUGGAUGUACAUGCCAGUGCGGAUGGCCAAGUGUACAUGUUCAGACACAGACAAGAAGAACCGGAAGCGUCAUCUGAGGAUGAGGAAUUCAAUGUCAUGGAGCUCCGGCCACGGAGCCGAGAGUCAUCUUCACGGGAGAGAGAAAGAGUGGGAGAAAUGCUUUUACUAGAACGGGACAUUUCCCAUGAGGACAAUCUCAACAAACUGGCCCUUCAGUAUGGAUGCAAGGUGGCUGACAUAAAAAGAGUGAACAACCUUUUUCAAGAGCAGGACAUGUAUGCACUGAAGUCCAUCAAAAUCCCUGUGAAGAAGCAUAGUCUGCUAACCGAGGCCAACUCUGAGCUCAGGAACCCUCAGCAAAGACCGUCCCAUGAUGCAGCAUUAUCAAACAGCACUGAAGCGAGCGUCUCGGGAAGACCUCAGGUGCAGGAGUACACCAAUUACCUUAAAGAGGUGGACAGUGACAUUGAGCGUCUGAUCCAAAGCACAGACCCCUCAGAGGAGGUAUUUUCUGGUGAUUCCAGAGUAUCCAGACGAUGGGGAUGGAGAAGCCAGCGCUUGCGCAGCUAUGGUGCGGACUGGGGGAUCCAGUGGUGGAACGCUGUAGUUGCCAUGUUACUCAUUGGCAUUGUCCUACCAAUAUUCUAUGUGGUAUAUUUUAAAACUCAAGAGAGUGGUGAAUCUGUAGUGGACAAUGGAGUGGUCAACAUAUCUGUGCCUACCUCAAACAAUACAGGGGUGAGCGUCAGCUCAGUGAACCCUGGGAAUAUAAUCGGAAACCACCUUGAGAAAAAGCAAGUAUAACAAUGGAAAAUAAUGAUUUGUAUGUGUGUGUGUGUGUGUAUAGCCUUUGAGAUUUGGUUUGAUGCCUACAAUUUUCUUUGGUACUUUGCAGAUAAACUUAGUAUUACAAGUUGACUACAUCUACAAGUCUUUGUAGACACAAAUAUUAUGGUAAAUUGAUCACCCAUAAUAAAAAAGGUAAGUUUUAGGUUCAAAAGACUAAUAUUGCACACUAUCCCAAUUUCUUUUGCCUGUAAAAAGAGCAAACAGCACAUCAUUCAAAAUUUGUGUUCCACAGAAACAAGUUUGGAGCGACAUGAGGGUGAGCAAAUGAUGACAGAAGUUUUCAUUUUAGGUGAACUAUGCCUUUAAUUUCAUUUGCAUGAAGGUACAUUCAUGAAGGUACAGAUGAGAUUAUAAACUGAGUGUUAGUCUGCUUGCACUGUGAAACUGUUGUUAUUGGUUUCAUGGGUGCUUUUAUUUAAAUGAAUUAUGAAAUUGUUAUAACAGUUUUUCUUUGUGGAGAAAGAAAAGGAAAAAAAAAAACUCAUUAUGAAACAUAUCAUAAAAUUGAUCAUACUGUUGUGGUCAUGUCUUUGUAUAUCAAUGCUUGAUGAAAUUAAUGCAAUGAAGGAAAAGCAAAAGGGUUAAAUUUUAUACCUGUGUGACUGAAUGGUAUUUUAUGCUAACUCAAAUUUGUAUCUAUUUCUUUGUUUUAAUUUUUCCAGAACACUAUUGCCAAAUUGUUUUUCUUUUCUUUCUUUUUUUCAUAUGGAAAGGCACUAUAGUGCCAGCAGUGCCAAAGAAUGGAUGUGUGUUAAAUAACUAUUUGUUCUGUCAUUAGAAGUGCAAUAAAACCAAGAACUAAGCUCAUGGGCAGAUGGACACAUUUUAACCUUUGAAUUGCGGUAUUAAAACUUUUGAAUCGGA